AAUGAGUGGGGCUGCGUUCCCAUCGCCAGCUGCCGAGAUGGCAGAGAUUAAUCGCCUUCAGUACGAAAUGGAGUACACUGAGGGAAUCAGCCAGCGCAUGAGGGUCCCAGAAAAACUCAAAGUGGCUCCUCCAAAUGCUGACCUUGAGAAGGACGUCCCAGAAGGAUUCCCAAAUGCCAGUGUAACGAUGCAGGUUCCAGAGCGGAUUGUAGUGGCAGGUAACAGUGAAGACAUUCCACUUUCCAGACCACCAGACCUUGACCUUCUUCAGUCUACUCCAUUCAAACCACUGGCAUUGAAAACUCCUCCCCGUGUUAUUUCUCUUAGUGAUCGACCACUAGAUUUUUUGGACCUAGAAAAACCUCCACAGCAGACACCUCAGAAUGAAGAGGCUAGGGUUGGCAGACUGAAAAGAGAACGCUCCAUGAGCGAAAAUGCCACUCGGCAGAACGGCCAGCUGGCCCGAAAUGAUUCCCUGUGUCACAGAUCAGAUACUGUCCCAAGAAAUAAAAUGCCACGGUUCCAGUCACCUCUUUCGACUAAGGAUUGCACUGUGACACCAUCACUGCAACAGGCUCGUGUUUGUCCUCCCAAUAUGUUACCUGAAGAUGGAACUAAUCUUUACUCUGCUCGUGGCAUUUUGUCGUUUAUCCAGUCUUCCACUCGUAGGGCUUACCAGCAGGUCUUGGAUGUGCUGGAUGAAAAUCGCAGGCCAGUGUUACGUGGUGGGUCAGCUGCUACCACUUCCUCUAACCCUCAUCAUGACAACACCAGAUACGGUCUUUCCAACAUGGAUACAACGCUUGAGGGAACACCAGAUGACAUGACUGUUGUAGAUGCUGCUUCCUUAAGAAGACAGAUAAUCAAACUUAAUCGGCGUCUACAACUUCUGGAAGAAGAAAACAAAGAGCGUGCUAAGCGGGAAAUGAUUAUGUACUCAAUUACUGUAGCUUUCUGGCUACUCAAUAGCUGGCUUUGGUUUCGGCGCUAGACACAGCUCUCCCAGAAAACUUAAUAGUUGAAAAUACAAACAAAAUUUGCAGAAUUCUUUGUUUCUGUUUCUGAAUUGUAUGCUGUUUUAUAAUUCAUACACUGGAAACUACCACCACAGAAAAAGGCUGUAGAAUUGCAGUGUUAAAGGGACACCUUGUUGUUCAGUUAUACUGUAUUUAAUAGAUUUGCAUUGCAGAUACUUGCAGUAUCCUCCUUUGCAUGCUUCAAUGUAAAUAUGGAUCAGCUGAUUUUGAGAUGAAGUUUGCUUCAUGCAAUGUAAGGACAGUGACCUACAGGAGUAAUUACUGGAUGUUUUCUUGUGGUGGGAAGAGAAGAAAUGGAAUGGGUUUGGGGGGAAAAAAAAAGAAUAAAAAGUAGUUUUUAUUGUUCUGUUGUUAGAUGCAAUUAAACAUCACUGCACUAGUUUUCCUUUAGUCUGCCUAGUUUCAGAGGUGUGCCAUAUUCAAGGAGUGUGUCCUGUUUCAUGAGUGUGUUCCUUGUUUAAGCACAUGUUCAGGUCAAAUAAUAAAAGGUGGUCUUUGCUAACAUGCAGACUGUCCAGAGGUGUGUAAUAUGUAUUUUUUAUUUUAGCUUUAAUUUUACAGAUGUUUUUCUAUAAAAUACAUUUUUAAGCAAGUCAGUCUGUGAGUGAACAAAAGAUUGAGUACAAGAUACCAAUGUAGUGUAUUUAAUAAAACAAAAAAAAAAGCAUUGUUUACUGUUAUUUUAAGAGUUUAUUUAAGGGGUUAUCUAAAUUAGCAGGCAUUGGAGUAAGUGGCUGUGAUGGUCUGAACAAUUCAAAAAGGAGCAGGAGGGCACCAUACAGCCUGCUGCAGUGCUACCAGGCCCUGCGUGUUGACUGUUCUUGGUGUGUGUGGUGAGUACAUAGGUAUGAGAAGCUAGCCUGGUGUCCUCAUGUCCUCAGUUCAAACAUCCCUGGUUGAGUCACACCAUUUUGGUAGCUGCCAGGCUACUCUGAGGGAGGAUGGUGCAUGGUGCUGUGCUGCUGAAGGGGACCUGUGUGUUGGUGUUGCCAGGCAAUGUAUGGCUGCCACUUCUGUGCAAUGCUGUAGCAGCCACAGCCCCUUUCCUGGGUGUGUGUGAAGCCUCCUAACAGCGCCGCUGCAUGGGAGAAAGUGCAGUGACAUCAAAAAGAUGCUUCAGAGGGGACCUUUCCUGGAACAGCUGGGACCACUCUGCAGGACCAUUUCUGGGCUCUGCAAGUACACAGACUGGUGAGAGAUAAUGAUGCACAGCAGCUGCAGAAGUGGAUGACACGGGGCCCCUUUGAGCACUGUCCUUGGCUCAUCCUGCAGCCGCAGGGAGCACUGGCCCACAGGCCGGGAAGGUGCCCCGCAGCUCUGUGCAGCUGCCAGCUGUACGGUUUGGUGUGGCAGCACCGCUCCCCUUCCACAUGGCAGCUGGCAGAACUAGGGUGGCGGCACACUGGGACAUAAAGUGACUGAGGAGCCCCCGCCUGCUCUUCUCUGCUGUAGUGAAUGGGACGUCAUCCUGGAAGACUGCAAAGAUGGUAAAUGCAUAUCAAAGUCCUCUAUGCAGCUGUGCAGUAUCUGACUUUGCUUAUGACUGACUGCUGAUUUGCACAGUAUUUAUCUGGGAGAGUGUAUGAGCUGGGAGCCCAAGAUACAAAUGUUUGGAUGGCACAAGCCGCUGAGAUUUCUUCCCCUGGAAGAUGACCACCAGGACAGGUUGUUGGGCACGAGAAGAGCUGGACACAGAUGUAGCCUGUAAAGGCCUGGGUGAGGAAGGCUGCGCUCGCACAUUUCAUGUACUACCACAAGUAAAGCAGGGCACGCUAUCUGCUAUUACAUAGCUUUUGCACUGGCUUUGUGUGGGUUGCUAUGCCUCCUUCCUUGUGUAUCAUCUAAAUUUGGCUGUUCCCUGUAUUUAUUUAUUUUUUUUAGCUUUGUUCAUCUUGUAUUACAUGCCUCCAUUGGCUUUGCUGUGCUUUUUCGUACCAUGAAUGCCUUUGUCUUUUAGUGAAAGACAAUAGGGAAGGCCUGCUGUGCACAUUUUCGGUACUUUCAUUAAUUCUACACCACCGACUGUAAGCGAGAGCUGCGCUACCUUAAGCCUGCUGUAAAGGAGGAUGGGAACUACUGUGUGUUUCCAAGAGAUGUAUGGGUAACAGGGGAAGAAAAUAAAUAAAUGGAGCUUCUUUUACGAGAAU